AUGGCUGACAAGGCCACGCCACCCCCCUCGCAGGCCGCGGCCUCGGACGCCGAAGGAGGCGAGGCCGGGCCGUCCAAGAAGGCACUGAAGAAGGCCGAGGCCAAGGCAAAGAAGGAGGCCGAAAAGGCUCGCCGCGCUGCCGAGCACCAGGCCAGCCAGGCGGCGGCAAAGGCGGCUGCCGGCAACACCGAGGACCUGGCCAAGGACAACUACGGCGACGCGUUGCCCAAGACCAAUGUCGCCGCCGAGCGACUUCACCUCAGGAACAUUGGUGACGAGCACAUUGGCAAAACGGUCAGAGUGCGGGGAUGGAUUCAAAACUCGCGCAUGCAGGGCGCCAAGAUGGCCUUUGUGGAGCUGCGCGAGGAGAGGAACUGGGCCAUCCAGGGCGUCAUCGCGGCCAGUCCCGACGGACAGCCCGUCAGCCGGCCCAUGGUCAAGUGGAUCGGCGGCCUCAACCUCGAGAGCUACGUGCAGGUCGAGGCCCGCGUCGAGAAGCCCCUCGAGCCCGUCAAGAGCGUGCGCGUUUCCAACUUCGAGCUGCACAUCACAAAGUGCUACGUCAUCGCCGCCGGGCCCGAGGUCCUGGGCAUGGGCCUCGCCGUCGCAAACAGGGCCGUCACCAACUUUGACGACGACGACGCCGGCCAGGACGCCGUCGACGAGGCCCGGAAAGGCGUCGAGGCGGCCAGCCUGGACAACAUGCCCAGCGCCAGCAUGGCCACCCACCUCAACAACCCGGCCAUGCACAAGCGCGCCCCCGUGCAGCAGGCCAUUGCCGAUGUUCGCAUGGCGACGCGCAAGCUCUUUGCCGAGUAUCUCGACUCCAAGGGCUUCAACCAGUUCGAGCCGCCGUGCCUCAUCGGCGCCGCCUCCGAGGGCGGGUCCAACGUUUUUGCCAUGCCGUAUUUUGACAAGAGCGCCUACCUGGCGCAAUCGCCGCAGUUUUACAAGCAGAUUGAGAUUGCGGGUGGGCGCAAGCGCGUGUACUGCAUCGGGCCCGUCUUUCGCGCCGAAAACUCCAACACACCCCGACAUAUGACUGAGUUUACCGGGCUUGACUUGGAAAUGGAAAUCGAGGACAGCUACCACGAGGUGCUCGAGAUGCUGGAGGGCGUGCUGCUUUACAUCUUCCGCGGCCUCGCCGAGCGCUGCGCCCAUCAGGUUGCCUUGAUCCGCGCCGUGUAUCCUUCGGAGGAGUUUCUGCUGCCGGCGCCCGGCAAGGAGGUGCGCCUGACCUUUGCCGAGGGCCAGGCUCUCUUGCGCGCUGAAGGCCCCGAGGCGUACCGCAACGUGAGCGACGACGAGGACAUGUCGACGCCGCAGGAAAAGGCGCUCGGGGCCCUGAUACGCCAAAAGUACGGGACCGACUUUUAUGUGCUCGACAAGUUCCCCGAGGGCGCGCGGCCGUUUUACGCGCUCGAGGACCCGGGCAAUACAAAGGUGACCAACGCCUUUGACUUUUUCAUGCGCGGGCAGGAGAUUCUGUCGGGCGGGCAACGCAUCCACGACGCGCGGGUGCUGGAGGCGCGGAUCCGCAAAAAGGGCGUCGACCCGGCCAGCCCGGGCAUCAAGGAGUACGUCGACGUGUUCAGGAGCGUGGGCGUGCCGCCGCACGGCGGAGGUGGCAUCGGGCUGGACCGCGUGGUGGCGUGGUAUCUCAACCUUCCGAGCGUGCACCUGGCGAGCUACUAUCCCCGCACGCCCAAGCGACUGCUUCCCUGA